CACGGUUUAGCAAGAACCAAUCGCAGACUAGCGUUAAAGAUUCAUUGGCACCUUUAACUUAUGAAAGUCAAUGUUCUCAUAGGGAGAGCUGUCUCACCAUUCCAUCUUCUCACAGAUGCACCACUGUCUUGGUUGGCUGAGCCAGCUGCAUGCCGUGGCAUCUCUCUCCCUCAAGAAGAGAAACAGCACUAGCUACGUGCAACAACAUUUCGGCUCUGACGGACUCAUGAUCAGCUCGGCAACAAACGCUGCUGCUGUCGGACGCUCAUGAACACAUGCAUUGCACGCAUUCCCGCGUACGCCACGCUGAUGGAAAACUGUCUGCCUCCCCGUGGCUGGCUCACGUCACUCGUUGCCCUAGAAAACUCCCACACAAGUGCGGCAAAAUCUGUCCAUCGUCAGAAACAGGACACGCACCGCGCCUCUCGCUGGCUCCACCGGGAAGCCUCAGAAUGCCAUCUUUGUGUAGAGGGCCACAUCGGUCUUCUUCGAGAGCACCUCGAUGUAGGCCUUCACGUUUGGCGGAAACUCCAGCCCCUUGACAAUUGACAGGUUCCGCAGGCGCGGGAACAUGUCAAUGUCGUCAUACGAGAUGCCGCCCUCCGAGAUAUACCUGCAGCCACAGACACCCACACCCACAUCCAUUCACGUCGAUGUAUUGCGGAUUGGUGUGCGCAUUCAGUACCCUUCCUGUGGGUUGGCGAUCAUCCCAUCGAGCUUCUUGAGGCCCUCAGACAGCGCGGCGAUCCACUCAGCCGACCGCUCGUAGUUCUCCUCAUACGACGAGGGGUUCUCCAGUGGGUGGCGGGCUAUGUAGGUCCGACGCGCAGAGUCAAACGCAAACUCGGGCAGAUUCGCGCUCCACGCGAAUCGCGGUCGUGAGAGCCGCCUUGACGGCUCUGCGAUGCUGUCCAGCCUGCCAGAAAAAAAUGAUGGACAAGUGUGCCAAAGGGUGGCUGGCUGAGGGCUUCUCACCAUUCCUUGAGGUCACUUCGGCCGCUGAAUGGUUUCAGCAAUGGCAAUCCAGCACCGAUCUCUUCGCUCUCGUCGAUGUACUUGACGAUGUCGAGGCUCUCGGGCAUGAUGAGCCCCUCGCCCGGCCGCCGGCCCCUCACCUCCAGAAUGGGAGCCAUCUUUUUGCCUAUCAGGUGGGUGGGAGUCUCGAUGUCGUCAUUGGCCAUGUAGACGAGAUCGUGUUUGAUGUUCUUGAGGCCGAAGAUCAUCCGCGCUCGGACACAGAAGGGGCAGUGGUCGUAGACGUACAGCCGUGGGAGGUGGAGGUACUUCUCGCCGCCCUUGACUCGAGGGUCGAUGCGGCUGUCCUCGACAACCGGUGCAGGAAUGGGCUUGGAAACCGUCCACUCGCCAUCGGCAGCCACGCCGCCACGCUGCUGUGUUGCUGUUGCAGUCUGCUGCAUCGCCAGAGGAUGAUACCGGCGAUGCGGUCCGUGCCCCUGCAUGAAAGAAAAGCAGUUGAAGGCGCAUCAAAGGUGCGUACAAAUGAGUGCAGCGCGUCUGUAUGUGCCUCGUGUCUUUGUGCGCACCUGUCUUCUCGUUCGGUGCCGCACAAGCGCUGACGAGUGGGUGGCCUUGAAGCCUUCUGAUGCGACGAGAGCCUCAGCGAGCAGCAGCAAGACUAUGAGGAUGCCAGACGCCGCACCUGCUGUCCUCAAAUAAGCCAUUUGAGGCCUUGCUUCAAG